AUGUCAGCUCCAUAUUCUGGGCAGUGCCUCUGUGCUGCUGUCAAGUUCAGCAUCUCAUCAGAGCCAGUCACAGUACUGUCAUGCUUCUGUGAGCAUUGUAGCAAAGGAGCUGGAGGAGCACAUCAGCUGAUUGGCAAGUUUGCGACGAAGGAUGUCCAAAUAACGGCUGCCGACAACGCCAUCGGAGAAUUCAUCCUCUCAGAUACAGCCAGCGGGAAUAAGAAAGAAAAGCACUUUUGCCGGACAUGUGGAUGCACAUUAUGGACGAUUCCAGCCGCAGCCAAAGGAACAUUUCAUCUCAUCCGACUGCCACUCCUGGACGGAGGGCUGAAUCUCAAGCCGGCAAACGAGAUCUUUGUCAAGAACCGGCCGAAAUGGAUGGAGCCGGUUGAGGGAGUUGGCCAGUGGGAGGAGAUGAGAAAGUAA